ACCCUGAACAGAUUAAACCCCAUUUUAAACUGUAUUAGUUUAAUUAUUCUUAAUUUUAACAAUCCAGUUUUUGUAAGAAAAUGUAUAAAAGCUGCUAGAGUGCUAACAGAAGAGGCUAAACGUUACGAGCAUCUGUUUUAAAUAACAACAUGAACAUCCGUGUUAGUUUUUAGUUGACCUUCUUCCGUCAUCGCCAACGCGGAAUUAAACUCAUCAGAGAAACAUGUCAAGCAGCUGCUACAAACCUGUGACUCAUGUCAUUUUCGACAUGGAUGGAUUAUUAUUAGACACAGAGCGACUUUACACGGUGUCGUACCAGCAGAUAUGUGACCGGUUUGGAAAACAGUACUCGUGGGAUGUGAAGGCGUCAGUGAUGGGUAAAAAGGCUCUGGAAGCUGCCCAAAUUAUUCGGGAUCGACUGGAGCUUCCCAUGACGGCUGAGGAACUGUUGGCCGAAAGCAGGCAGAUACAAGAAAAGAUCUUUCUCUCUGCAGAACUCAUGCCAGGUGUUAAGAAACUUGUGCAUCAUCUGCAGCAGCACAACAUCCCCAUUGCAGUGGCAACAAGCUCAGCUGGUGUGACAUUCCAGUUGAAGACGAGCCAACACAAAGACCUGUUUGCUCUUUUCGACCACAUUGUUCUGGGCGACGAUCCUGAGGUGAAGAAUGCCAAACCUCAGCCUGACUCCUUCCUGGUGUGUGCCAGCAGAUUCAACCCCCCUGCUUCUCCAGAGAAGGCCUGGGGACAGGUUGUAAAUCUUCCAUGGCAUCUUUUGAAGAGGGGGACCAGCGGCUGCCGUGUCUCCUUACACUUCCACACACAGCCAAGUGCAGUCAAAAGGUUUCAAGCACUGCUGGGAAACAACUUUGAAGACUUCAUGCAAACUUUGUUUAGUUCCCUGCACAUGCUGUAAACCUUUGAAGAGUAACACCAAUGAAUAAAAUGGUGGAAAUGUCCUUGUUUUAGAAAGAAAAGCAUUUUUUAAAUGAAGAUAACAUUAAAUUAAUCAUAAAUACAUUCUAGACAUUGUUAAUGUGGUAAAUGACUAUUCUAGCUGGAAACAGCUGAUUUUUAAUGGAAUAUCUCCAUAGAGGUACAGAGGAACAUUUCCAGCAACCAUCACUCCUGUGUUCUAAUGAUACAUUGUGUUAGCUAAUGGUGUUGAAAGGUUAAUUGAUGAUUAGAAAACCUUGCGCAGUUAUGUUAGCACAUGAAUAAAAGUGUGAGUUUUCAUGAAAAACAUGAAAUAGCCUGGAUGACCCAAAACUUUUGAAUGGUAGUGUAUGAAUAAACCCAAAACAACUGCUAUUUCCUGUUUUUCCUAAUUUGAAGUCCGGCAGUUUAUUCCUUCUAUCCUCGCAAUGAGUGUUUGGUUUAAAGUCAAAAUUGAAGUCAGACAGCAUGGUAUUUUUUGAUUUGUGCUUGUUCAUAUGUGCUUUAAUUUGAGUAAAAUCAGGAUGCAAAAGGUAGAAAAGUAUAGUUGAUAUGUUUCAUGAAAAUGACCCCUGCAGACAGAAAAAUUCUUUGCAUAGAGCAAAUCAAAUACUCUCCUUAGUAGUCAUGUUUAUGGUGUUUAAAUUUUGCUGUUACUACGUGUGGACAUUUUAUCUGCACAUAUAUAGCACCUUUUAACCUUACUCGGUAACUACAAACCAUUUGCACAAUGUCUAUUUCUUUCAUCCACUGGAGGCAAAGCUCCUAUGCAGGGUGUCCAACAGCAAUCAGGGGCAAGUUGGGGUUCAAUGACUUUCCCAAGACACAAAGGGGAUCAAAGCACCAACCUAAAGAUUGGUGGACAACUGCUCUACUACCAGAGUCAGUCUUAAACCUCCUCUCUCGAACUGUUUGCAGGGAUGUGAUGAUUAUAUCAAACACGUUUGAUAUUUCCAAGCUAUAAUCAUGAAGGGUACUGGAAGCACCCGUAGCAGCAGACAAUGUUGCCAAGCAAUGCCAAACAUUGUAACCCUAUAGACUGAUGACAGUUAAAAUCUCACCUAAAAUUCUCGCUGAAUAAUAGAAAAACUGUGUUGAAACCACAUCUUUCAAACCCUUUGUUGCUCUACAGUGUCCAUUUUGUUUCCAUUUGUUUCCUCAAGAAAUCUCAUGAGGUGCUUCCUGACUGUUCCCUGUGGCUCCAUAAUCCUAAUAUUAUCCCUCACUGUGUGAUGCUCCAUUAUAUUUAAGUCUUGUAAUCUGUGCAUGUCUGAGAAUAAAAAGAAGAAUAUCCAUGAAGUUUCUCCUCAUGUGUGAUGCAACUUCAUAUCAAAAACUGAAAAGGGUUUUAUACAGAGGAUAGACAUGUUAAUUAGCAGUUUAUUAGACUUGUAGGGGCCAGUUUUACAUAUGUACAUGUCAUGUUUGGGGAGAUUGACCAAUGUAGCAUCCAGAUCUGAAAAGUGAAACCAAAGCAGAAGUGACGUAAACUGACAUUAGUUGUAGUGGCCAACAGGGGGCAACUCUAUCUGUGACAAAAUUACUCUACUUCUCACUUGAAGUGUUACCUCAGUAAACAUUUUCACAAUGGAUUUAUGAUCUCAAUGAUAGCAUGUUCAUAAUUUUAGAAAUUAUUAUAUAAAUUGUGCAUCAUUCUGUCCUUUGGUUUCUCCAAAAUGAUCCACCUCUUGAUCAUUGCAUCCAUUUUUAAAAGCCAAGAUGGCAUUUACUUAAUUCCAAACUAGAGGAAAUAACCUACUAAUGUUUUACUUUCAGUCAUCACUAAUGGUUUCCUUUUCCUGUUUUUUCCUCAUUGUCAGUGAGUGUAAUUUCUCUGAUGUACUAUGAAUUUGGGUUAUGAAGAUUUAUGUUUGCAUGAAAAGGUGGUUAAACUCUUUUCUCCUCCAAUGUGGCUGAAGUGAAUUUAAGCAGAUUUACCUUGUUACAUUUUUAUGAGGCUUUGUUGCUCUGUGGCUGGGUGUUUAACAAGCAGAACAUCUCCUUGCUGUGUAACAGCCACUGCUGGGGAAUUGUUUGGGGCAAUAGUCAGCAGUACUCCACUACUGAUGCUGCUGUGGCUUCCUGCUGCAGUCAUCUGAGGUAGAAAUGUGUACACUUAACUGUUUUAUGAAAAUAACAGUUGAUACAUUAACUGGCUAAAUGGACUAGGUAUGUUUUUACAAAUUGACCCCAUUUAGAUUAACUGUUUUAGGGCACUCACAUCCACAUAAAAUGCUGUUAUAAUGCACAUUUAGCCUCACAAAAAGUACAUUUGUAAGCCAGAUCACAAAUCUGAUUACAAUCCAUCGUAUAUUUUCCACGCAAGAUGCAAAUCAGGGCAGGUUUAGAGGAAAGUGACAGUACACUGUUAGGUGACCAAUUAGAAAAUGCAAAAAAAAAAAAAAAAAAAAACUCCUGAGAAAGCUGAAAUUAUCUGAAACCCUAUUUACGGUGGAAUCCAAGGAAGCUGCAUCCGGAGAUUUCAUUAAUUUUAAACACUUUUCUUUCUACAAUCAGUACUCCAACCACCAGGCUUACAUUAAAGAGAGAAUACAGUUCAGAAAAAGGGGGCUGUAAACCUGUGAUUUGUUUGAACAUGAUCGUAAAAAUGAGCUGUGAACAUCUGAACUGUUUAUUGGCAUGUCUGCAUCAUGGCUCCACGUGGAAAAGAAUUGCCAGUGGUCAUCUUCUGCAAACGACACUACAGAUAGCGAACUGCUUUCACAAUUCAACUCUGGAAAACAGACAGGCAUGUGCUUCAGACUUGUCUCAGGGGUUAUCAAUGAAAGUAAGAGUUGUUACAGCUCAGACAUUGUCAAGAAUGUGCAUGUGACCUGAACCUUGCCAAGACUGCAACAGUGAAUGCAUAGUCCUGACACUGAAGUGCAGAGAAGUGAUGUUAUUCUGCAUGAGAGCAAAAUGUUAGGGGGAUAUUUAAGUUGCACCAUAAAUGCCUGUGGAUAUACAAAAAAACAAAAAAAAAUUUGGCUGACAAGAUGACUCGCAGUCUGCAAAAGUUUGGCAGAAGAAUAUUUCAGUGUAACCAUCCACAGCACACUGACAAAAUCACACGAAUUUCUCGAGAAGAAAAAACUGAAAACAGUGACCUAGGCAAGGUACCACUUGAGUUUAGUCCAAGAGGCACCUUUUGGGCAUUUUAAAGAGAAAGGUAGAGUAACAGAAGCAAAAAAUAGUUGCUGAAGAAUUGCAAAACAUCCCUCCAGAAAUGUACUGACUCUGACAUCAAAAAUAAUUGUGGACAUACAUUAUAUAGAAAAGUAAAAUUUGAAUCUUGGUAAAGAAAGGUCUGGUGACUUUUGUUGCAUUGAGUUUGUACUGUGGAACCUGUAUGUUUGGUGUUGUAAAUUUGUAGUAAACUGUUCAUUCUUAUGUUUAAAAAAGAGCAAAUACUCCACUGUUUAACUUGGAAGUGAUACAAUUUUGAAUCAUUUGACAUUUUAUCUCACAAACAUGUUCACACCAACAGCAUAUUUAUUGUCUGUUUGAGUUCAGCACAACCAGGAAAAUUAUGCAUGUGUCUUGGAGGGAUGGAUGCAUAAACACCAUUCAACUGGCUUCUCAGAGUCUUAGCUGUUCAGCUGAUCUCCUUGCAGUCUAUCUUGACUUUCCAGCUCUGCUCAUGGCCCACGUACUGAUGAGGGGUGCUGUACGUUAGAUUGUCUUUUGGUGUUUCAGUUUAUGCGUGUAGUCAGUCUGUUCAGCGAUAAGAACUUUAUGUUCACGUCUCGUCUCCAUCUUCUGUUUGUAAUCCACCCAAGCAAUCAAUCCACUGUGCAUCUGUGUCUGUUUUCAUCCAUUUCAGUACAGCACAUUGGAGGCAGAUUAAAAGGUCAUUUCACUAGCUCAUUGGGUAAUUACCAGUUUUAAUUGCUCCCAAUCAAGGGAAUUAGCAAGGGCCCUCCGUUAUGCGCUCUCAGUGUUUCCGCCGUCAUUGUUCCACUUCCUCCAGUUUCAGGCUUAGUGGCAUCCGAGAAGUCAAUUAGGUUUUAAAGAAACUCGAGGAGGCGUCUUUGUUCUACCUGAGUAUUAGAAGUGAGAUGAACAAAGGUCCUUAAGGCUUUCUGUGAGACUUAGCUUUUGGUGGCUUGUGUAGGGCUUUAGACUCAUUGUACAGCUAUUUCCUUUAUUCACACUGAAGUGCUGCUCCAACCACAAAGUUAAGCUGUGUUUUAACCCAAUCAUGAAUUCACUAUCCACUAUUGUUAACAAAAAUAGAAACAAUGAGGCUUCUCCAAAUCAAGUUAAAAGGUGAAUUUGUGGCAUAUAGUAUUGUUAAUUUGACAGAAAGGCCCAGUAUUUAUUUAAACAGAUUUAGCAUUGGCAUCUGAAGAUGACUAAUAAUAGGUUCUAUCCACAGGCUUUGAUUCCCCAUCUAUUGUGCUUUCCAUUAUACUGUAGAACAGGAAGUUGGGAAAUAGCUGUAUUUUGUUGUUUUUGUCAAUUCCUCAGGCUUCCACAUGCAUUAUGAUGGUUUCUUACUUUACAAUUUUUAUGCAAACUAACUUUUAUAAGAUACACAGUAAAGCUGAGGCUCCAAUAUGCUUGAAAAAAAGUUUGCAUGAUUUG